AUGUCCCUGCACGCCCAACCACUCAUCACCCACAACGGCCAUGUUGCGUUUGGCAGGCGCGAAACAGCUCCCAGCAAUUGGGUGUCGAGUCCUCUAUGCCCUGGCACUCUAUAUGCCCUCUCGCUGGGCAAGUCCUCCGCCGCCGGACGGCACGAGGUGGGUGUGGGUGGGCAAAUGGACCCGUCUUCUGGCUUUCCUAGUCCUCAGCCCGCCCUCUCCCCAUCGUCUGGAGGCGCAAGAGAGCACACGUACGACCAAGAGACGACGGACGAUACCACGGCCGUGGGCACCCUUCUACACAUCGACGCUGACGGGCAGCAUACAGCAUAA